AUGUCUCGUGCACAGUUCGAUCUUCCGGAGACCCAGGUCUCCAAGGACGUCAUAGAGCGCGUACAGUUCUCCGUGUCCAGCAGGAACGCGGGCGCCAAGGUGAGCGAGUGCCUCACGCACGUGUUCGUGUCUCCCUACGCGGAUGAUCCGUCGGCCGUCAGCUGGCAGUACGUCUCGUCGGGUGUGACGUGCCUCCUGAGGAAGAAAGAGGUGGCCAAGAGCGGACGAAAGCUCGUCUGGACCGUCCACUUAUGCCUCUACAACGUCACGUACGGCGUCCUCGUCUGGAAGGGAGCCGUGAUGCCCGGCUCGAACUACACGGCCGUCACAGACACGUUCCACGUCUUCGUGAUGCAGGAGCUGAAUGCGAUAGUGGGCCUCUUGUUCGAGGAGUCGUCGCAGGCCAGAGAGUUUCUCCGCGCCUACCUGCAGUGGGACGCCGAGAAGACGAAGGAUGAGAGGUCCAAAGGAGGCGGCAGCGGAUCGUCCUCGCCAGCACAGUUCAGGAAGGAGAUGAUCUCCAAGCCGUGCAAUUUCCAGCACAUCCAGGGCACGCAGGCGCUGGACGAGUGCAUCGAGAUAGAGAAGAUCAAGACAGACAUCCAGGCCACUUUCUUUGGCCUGGGAUCGGCUCAGGCUAGGAGAAAUGUCGAGGCAAAGGGUGGGAAACGGAAGAAGGACGCAUGCAGGCCCAGGAUACAGCUCCAGAACGUCUCAGUACCUCACAAGGCGUCAGGGAAGAAACGUCACAUUGCAGUGGAGACCUGCAAGUCACUCGACAUUGAUGUGACCCCAGGGCAGCGGCUGGCGCCGCUAGUUGCCCAGGAGAGCCUUCCUGGAGGCAUGUCGUUGCGACACUCCAUGCCUCCUCAGCACACCGUCUCUCUCCUGCACCACCAGAGCCAGCCGGACCUCCUGGACAACCGCCGAGUGGGGGACGCAUCGCCUCCCGCCCAGCCAAUGUCCCCACAGUACGACAGUCUCCCUCGCGACCACAACAGCAGCAGCGAUGGGUACUCUCCUGCCGGGGAAUCCUCCCUCGACCACCACCACCACCUACCACCCCAGACUGUCCCCAGCGAUCCACAGUACGACACUCUGCAUCUGACAAACGGGAAAGAGCCUCCGUCGCCUGCCAGGACGCCGGGUUCCGUCCCAUUACAGAAUGGGUCGGACCACGUUGCCCCGACUUCGCCAGUCUACGACGCCCUCAUCAGAGUGGACUCCCCGCUGUACGACAGUCUGCAGAAGAACACAACCCACGAAUCGACCGAAGCAGACAGACACUACAAACCUCAGCUGUACGUGGACGCCAUGGUCGACGACGAAGUGGCAGGCUACAGUACAUUGGCAGUGAAGGGAGGAAUGGGGAAUGCUGCUGCAGCCCAGGACUACACCCCGCCCCCUCGUCUCUCACCGCUCAACUUUGAGAAGGAGUUCUCGCAGUCGCCAUUCUUCCACCCCGCAUAUGUCACGUCCACCACAAACUGCUAG